AUGCCGGACUUGAAGAGCCCGGUGGUGGCGCAGCGGCGGCGCCAGGAAGAGGAGCUGCAGAUCGUUUCUGAAGAUUUUGUUGCCAAGACGAAACCAUCUGACGACAGGGACGUCAUGGGAGAAGUGGCCAAGACUCAUGAGGCCAUACAAUAUUUAGACAAGUCGAUUGCCACGCUACAGAUGGAGCUGGCAGCGCGGCGCAGCAAGCAUGAGCUGCUUGAGAGUGCGGAUGGCGUGAGGCAGGACAGGAAAAAGGCUUUUGUGGUGAUCGGGAUCAACACCGCCUUCAGUAGCAAGAAGCGCCGGGAUUCUGUCAGGGAGACCUGGAUGCCUCAAGGUGAGAAACUCAAGAAAUUGGAAGAGGAAAAGGGAGUCGUCAUUCGAUUCAUGAUCGGUCAUAGCCCGGCAUCGAACAGCGCCCUUGAUCAGGCGAUAGACGUGGAAGAUGCUAUUCAUCAUGACUUUCUUAGGCUGGACCAUGUUGAAGGUUACCACAAGCUAUCUGCAAAGACCAAGACAUUCUUCUCCACUGCUGUGGCCUCAUGGGAUGCUGAUUUUUAUGUCAAGGUGGAUGACGAUGUCCAUGUCAACCUAGGAAUGCUCCUCACAACCCUCGGGCGGCACAAAUUGAAACCCCGUGUCUACAUUGGCUGUAUGAAGUCUGGACCGGUUCUUUCCGACAAAAGUUCGAAAUACCACGAGCCCGAGUUCUGGAAGUUCGGAGAAGACGGGAACAAGUACUUCCGGCACGCGACCGGGCAGAUAUACGCCAUCUCAAAGGACCUCGCCACCUACAUCUCAGUCAACAACCCCCUUCUGCACAAAUUCGCGAACGAAGAUGUGUCGCUGGGAGCAUGGUUCAUCGGGCUAGAUGUGGAGCACAUCGACGACAGGGACAUGUGCUGCGGAACGCCACCAGGUCAGUUCCUUUCAGUUGUUAUUAUCUACACCAUGCACCGUCCCUGA